UAGCGUCUCGUCGCAGUUUCCGUGAAAUGUGCAAAGUGUAAUUAAUCAUAAGUUAAAAAUGAAAUUUAUCAACAUUUUCCUCGUCUCGUUGGUGCUCGCCCAUUCCAAGAGCGGCUCAGCAAUGGCCAUUAUAAAAGAUCUGGUUUCGGAGCCGGAAAGCAGUCUGGAUUGCAGCAGUGGUGAAAGCACCCAAACCCCGGAAGCAACCAAUGUCCGCAGUAAGAGCCCCGAAACCGAUCCACUAAAUGAUGUGGCCGUGCCGCAACUCCCGGAGGACCCCAGGGAACCCCCGACGACCGACUCAAUUAUCUCCAAAAUGCGAAGAUGUGCAAGGAAGGAACUCGUGGGGAGUGCCGAGCCCAUCCUUUCCCUGGCUCGCCGAGACGUCAGCGCAAAACGCAUCCAACAAUGCGAAUCCUGCAAAAAUAAUAAACUUUGCAAGAAAUACAAAAUGUGCAACUCGUGUAAAAUCUUCUGCGGGAAUGUCACCACCACAACAGUUGCUUCAGUUCAAGACGGCGACAGCAACGUACCAACAGAUGGCGAAACUCCUUCACUUGUGGCAGCAACUGAAACUGUAACCCCACCUGUGGAAAAUAUCGUAGUAGGUUCAAGAUUCAAAGGAAUGGAAGAAGCCUCACAACCACGUUACUACUCUUUGGCGGCGGUAGAACCGGGACUUUUAAUGCGUCUACUUUCACGAAUUUUCAACAUUCCGAAAAAUUUUGAUAGAUUCGUGAUUUUGGGCAAGAAGAAAGCGACGACGGGAGAGGAGGAUGAUCAUGAUAUCACUAUCAUAGACUUGGCGCAAGCUUUUGGCGAUGAUAAGAAAAUUACAGCAAAUAUUGAGAAAUCGGGAGAAGUGAGAAUGGAUCUGGUGGAGAAAUUAGACACGAGGAUGGGGGAAAUGGGGGAUGAUAGUCAAGCCAAUAAGAAUAAAAUUAUUGAACAAGUUUUAGAUGAGGGAAAUGACAAUGUUGGCAACACGCAAGAAGCACCAGAAUCCAGCACCAGGUGUAAUCUUGACGAAGCCGUUGACGACUUAAUUGACAUCAUGCCAACUUCUUAUGCCCAACGUAAUAAACCGGAAGAACAUCCUCAAGUCAAACCGCCGCAAGAAUCACAAGAAUCAUCAGAAGAAGAAAUCAAAAAUCCUCCAGUGAUUCAAGACAGUUUCAAUUUAGUUGGCAAAGAAAUUAGUGAAAAUAAGGGCAAUGAUGAUGGAUUCGUCGACGAUAAUGAAGAAGCAAGACCUAGUAUGGUCUCGAGGGUAAAAAUACCAAAAAAUAAACCCCUUUUGCAAAGAGUGACAACAAUUCCGAAAGUGAUUAAGCCAGAAAUGAACACAGUUGGAGAAGCGGAAACUAUUAGCGUCCCAGAUGAUGCAAGACCACGCCCAACAUCAGACAAUCAAGUUAUUGACCUGAACCAAGAAGUUGCAGCAUCUACUCCUGAAAAUUUAGAGAAAAAUGUCCUUCAAACGGUCAAGGAUAGUCUAAAACCAGCACCAAUGGAGCGAAAUGUCCUCGAAACAGUCAAAAACAGUCUGCAAGAAGUACCAAUGGGGCAGAAUAUUGUCGACAUUGUUGAUCAAGGCAUGAGAGCUCAAGUGGAACCCAAUCAAGAAGUUGCAGCUUCUGCGCCUGAAAAUUUGGAAACUAAUGUCCUUGAAACAGUGCAAAACAGUCUGAAACAAGUACCAACAGCGCAGGACAUCAUCGAAGAGAACCCUUCAAUUGGUUUUGAAAAUUUUGGGCCAGUGCAAGAGCCAGAACCGGAACCAGUUUUCGUCGAAGACAGAAUAAAACCCAGUCAAGCCAAUUCCGACAGCACCAUUAAAAUUUACAAACCCCCACAAAGAAAUACAGUUGGUGAAACUUUAACACCAUCUACAAGUUUCACGGAACCCAAUGUCUUAACAACGGUGACAGACCCUCCCAAUGUAGUCCAAAUGGCCCCCCAGUUCGAAAACCGGGGCCAGUUUUCCGAAUCCGGGGAAAAAGCGACCUAUUUUGGGGCCCUAGUUCCCGCGAAAGAUGGCUUGCCGAUUGCCGACCCUCGGGUCAGAAAAUUGUAUUAUGUUGGACAAGAUAUUAAUCUGCCUUUGAAAAUGUUCCAAGAUGAGAAUGGUGUCAUGAAAUUGCGAGUGGACACUGACGCUCUUUGUAACUGCAAAAAUAAAAAUUGUUCAAGACCUCAUCUCGACGACAAAAAUGGGGAAAAUAACGUUCAAGUUGCACUACCGGAACUGAAAGUUAGGUAUGGGGAUGAUGAGUUGAUGGACAGUUUUGUUGAUUCAAUCCAUACAAGAGGUGAACAUUCGGAAAAGUUUAAAAGAUCGCCCAGGAUUGAUGGAGUGAUGGAGGUUGAGGGAAAAGAGAAAAAUUAUCAGAUCGAUAGGUUGGAUAAAGUUGAGAAAAAGUUGGAAAAUAAAAUUGAAAAGUUGGGGAAGAAUUUUGAGAAGGUUAAUGAAAAGAAUGAAGAGUUGUUGAAUAAGGGGACCGUGGCACUUUAUCAACAAAUUGAAAAGAGUAAAGAUGUUGAUAAGAUGAUAACACUAGCGAGUGAUUUGUUAUCCUGGAUGAGAGACUUGGCCACCGAGCAUCUGAAAUCAUAAUGUGGCCUUGGUUUUGUAAUUAGAUACCUAGUUAUUUAUAUUGUUUUGUACUUUUUUAUAAUGACAGUUGUAACCGAAUUUAAUAAAAUUUUUGA